GUUUAUGGUUUUUCAUCUGCUGCACCACAUGGUGGCACACUGAGCCAAGUGAUCCCUCGUCGUGUCUCCUCUGUUAUUGACCCAUCGGUAUCUCCUAGUGAUCUUGAAUCUUCUUCUGCUGAUUCCGUCGCCUCUACUGAACUGGAAGAUUCCUUCGCUGGAUCUCAGAAGCUCCCAGACAUUUCCACCAACACUUUUGAUUACCAGGAAUCUGAUCGUGCAAUUGCUCUUGUUGAUCCUCCUUCUGAGAAUCCCGCAAGUGUUCCUUCUGACGAGGACCAUAUCGUUGCUUCCUCUGAACCUUAUUUUCCGUCCGCCUCUCUUCCGGAUUGUGUUCCUGAUGCGGUACCUUCCGUGGUUCCAGUGCUUAAUCCCCUCCCACGCGUCUCUUCCCAACUAUCACUAUCAUCUGUUGCAAGUGAUACCGAGCUUUUAGGCCUUCUUCAAGAUGAUUCUCCUCCUGAUGCUUCGGGCAAUCAAGCGAUUGCAGAUUUUUCGCUUGCUCUUGAUCUUACUUCCGGCCCAGUCUUA